UAAAGUGAGGUGGGUAUGGCAAUCUAGCAAACGGCAGACGCAGACGACGCAAAGUGCCCUUUCUUUUGAUUUAUUUUCCUUAAUCUUUCCAUGUCAUACCCAAACUAAACUUGUAAUAGGUGUCAAAUUUAUCUUACUAUCUAAUUAUAUUCUUGGGUGCUUCUAUUUCAAGAGGCUCACUCGUUGCUUCAUCAUUCACAAAUAGGUUAAGGAACAACCAGUUAUGGAGCAGCCAAAAGAAGUUGACAUUUAUCGUGACACUCCUCUCAGAUUCAUAGGAUACACCAAUGAGGUUGGCGAAGCAUUUCGUCCACUAAUCCCCAAAACAGUUGUGAAUUUAAGCUAUGCAUCAGCUUUUCUCUAUGUCCUAGCUGAUGUAAGAGACAAAGUAGUAAAAAUGAAGAAGUCCCUGUCGGCAGUUGAUGAAACCGCUUCAUACACUCACAAGAAGGUUAUCAUUGCUGGUGCAGAUACUCUCCUCUGGCAGACUCUUGCAUCUAUAGCUAUCCCAGGAUUUACCAUAAACAGGAUUUGUGUUGCAAAUUACUACCUCUUGAAAAAAACUACGAAACUGCCUAAGCCAACACGUAAGUAUAUUACCACUGCUGUUGGACUUUUAUCUAUACCUUUUAUUAUUCAUCCAAUUGAUAAUCUGACCACAUAUUCAAUGGAUAAUACUAUUAGGAAAUGGUAUCAUAAAGACUAGAGUUUUAGAAUUCUAGUUGAUCACAGGAACUACUUUAGACAAUAUUUAACAUUAAAUACAGAUGUAGAGUAUGCUCUCUCGCUGCCUCAGUCAAUAUGUAACCAGUUAGAAAAGUUUAGAAAUUUAUUUGAAUACCCUAGUUUAUUUAUUAUUGUAUCUUUGUGAUCAACUUUUAAUUUAAAGUGACAUUCCUGUCUUAGUUUUCCUGUUUUUGAGUACUUUAGUUUCUUAAAUCAUCCCGAGUGUUUGUGCCGAAAUGUAACAAUAUAUAUUUUUUGACCCAA